AUGGCAGAUUCACAGUCUUAUGAUUCUUCAAAAAUCUUUAGCCUUCGAAUUGUAUCGAUCGAUCACUACAUGUCGCCUCCUAUUCCUAGCAUCGAUAUUUGUUACAGUAGCUUUCAAGGUGGAAAAGUGAAUGAAGUUCCAGUAAUUAGGGUUUAUGGCUCUACACCUGCUGGUCAGAAGACUUGUUUGCAUGUUCAUCAAGCUUUUCCAUAUUUAUAUGUACCGUGUUCGGAUAUACCGGUAAAUGGAAAUCAGGAAGGAGAUGCUUACACAAAUGCUAUUUCUCUUGCUCUUGAGAAAGCAUUGAAGCUUAAAGGUAAUGCGGGUUCGAAAAGACAGCACGUGCAUGGCUGUAGUCUUGUGAGAGCGAAGAAAUUUUAUGGUUACCAUUCAGAGGAGGAGCUGUUUGUCAAGAUAUAUCUAUAUCAUCCACAUGAUGUCUCUCGUGCUGCUAACCUUCUUCUGGCGGGUGCAGUUUUUGAAAAAAGCUUGCAGCCUCAUGAAUCUCAUAUCCCUUUUAUUCUCCAGUUUCUGGUCGACUAUAACCUGUAUGGAAUGGGUCAUUUACAUUUAUCGAAGAUGAAGUUCCGUCAUCCAGUACCAGAUUCGUUUACCCCAAGAAAAUUCAGUAACAAAUAUCAAGAUGGACUGGAGAUUGAUGAAUCAACUUGCAUUUCUGCUGAUUUUCAGGCAGAUUCGAGUGGGGGUCAGUCUAUGGCUUCCCCAGUUUGGAUCUCAUCUACUAUUCCAGGUGGUUGGAUGUGGCAAUUUUCUAAUGAGUUUGAUGCUCCAUCAGACCAAGACACCCAACGUCUUAAACGUCAAAGUGUUUGUCACCUUGAGGGAGAUGCCACCAUUGAUGAUAUUCUUAAUCAGCAAUAUAAAAUGUAUACAUCCCUCUCUCAAGCACAUUCAGAUGUGAAAAUGGUGCAAUCGCUUAUACCCAUUUGGGAGGAAGAGCAUGAGAGGACUGGCAUUAAUGAGGCUGCCACACUGCCUGAUCCAGAAAAACCAUUUCCAGGGGAUGUUUUGAGAACUCUGUUACAUGCUUUUGAAUUUGAGAGAAAACUUUCUGAAUUGUAUAUUAAGACCGAAGGCGAUUUACCUUCAAGUGAAAGUAACGUAAAUUUUUUGCCAUCAGCGACUUCUACAACUGACGGAGAAAAUUUGGUUGAACAUGAAAAUGUCAAUUCUGAUAACGCCAAUGGAGAAUUUUUGAAGUGCUCUGCAGAACGAGACACUAUUCAAUCUUCAGCACAAGGUUCUGUAUGUGAAGAGGAGAUCGUUGCAACACCCACAGAAAUGAAGAAUUUGUCUUUGAAAUUAUCAUCUGAAAUAAUUGGAACAGUGGAUCCAAAGGUUGCAGAUGAAGAAGCCUUGGGUCUCUUAAGGUGGCUUGCCACUUCCCAGGCUGCUGAAGAUAUAAACUCUGAUGAUGAACUUGUUCGUGAGACAAUUCUGAGUCCCCUUUUGCCUGCAGCAACCAUCGAUAAGGUGCUGGAGAAAGCUAAUACAGAUUAUGAGAGUGAGUCUCAAAAAGAAUGUCAGGACAUUCUUGAUUCAAUUGAGGAUUUAGUUAACUUUGAGGAUUUGAAGGAGAAAGCUUCUCACUCCGUUGAUCAUAGUCUUCAAACAUCAUUAGAGAAAAAUGUUCCCCAAGCAGAUACUUUGCACUCAUCUCCUUCGGGAUCAGUUGGAAGUUCAUUUAAGGCGGAGUCGAAAAGCAAAUUUAAAAGGUACUCACAAGAUCAGAUAUUUCAGACUACUGGCAGCAGCAUUAGUAAUAAGCAGAAAAGGAAUAGGUCAUUGUGGUGCUCUCUACCUUUUUCGACUAACCAAAAGGUGAAUGAUGACUCAGAAGUUGUCAAGUCCAGCAUCGCUGAUAUUCAUGUUGAUGGAAGUAAAAACUCUGCAGGUACAGUUAUGACUGGAAAUGAAGAGGCAAAAUGUUCUGAUGCUUUACUAAAUGCAGAUAAAAAUGCUUGUGAAGCAAGCUCUUUGGUUGGAUGUUCAGUGCGCGACAUGAUGAGAAGAAAACGGUGCCGCCAAACUGCUCAACAUGAUGAUGGAUCUGCUGGGGUUAAAAAUAUUUGCUUGGAAGGAAAACAUGAGGAAUGCAAUAUACUCUUUCCAAAACAAUUGGAUUUACAUAUACUGUCUAAUGAUGGGAGUGAUAAACGACUUCAUGGAUCUCUGGACUUCAGGUCAUCAGUUAACAACCAACAACCAGAUUUUUUGGAGAUUUGUGCCUCUAAAUCCAUACCUCAUGCAUUCAGCAGUGCUAGCUCAACGCAAGUUGGUACAAAUCCUCUUUCACUGGACACAAGCAGAGAAGAAUUACAAUGCAUUUUCACUGCCAAGAAGCAAGACGCUGCGGUUUCCAUGGUCCACUGCGAAACUAACAAAGGUGGAGAGUUUGAUUUUGGAGGGGUGACCUCUAUAGAACCCAUAACCUCUGGUGUCAACAAUUCCAAGUCUGAUUCCUUACCUGAUAAUUGGUUGUCUAAGCAUGUACUUAUGACUGGUAAGAGAUUAGAGAGACCUGAAGCUGCUGGUUCAAACUGCUUUCCAGCUUUGCCUAUUGAUCAUGAUAUGUUUGCAAGAGAGAGUUAUAAGUCCGAAUAUGUUCAUCAAGGCGGAAGUUCCAAGGAGAAUUUAUAUGACAUACCGACUGAGAAUCUCAUUGGCAUGGAAAUGUCAGUUGAUGGCACUGUUCUGCAGAGUGAGAACUUCUGUGCUGCAAAACAGGGAGGAGAUUCUGAUCUAUCUGCACUUGGAAAAUCAGCACCCUUGGCUGUCAAGAUGGCAGGAGAAACUGUAGACCUACUUGGGAUGACCUUUUGCAAGAAGCCCCCAACUGCAGAGUGGAAAGAUGGAGCAGCUGAAAAUGUUUCAUUUUCACCUGGUCCAUCUUUUCUUUCCUCUUCUGCAAAUGCAAAAACCAAAGACAGGACAUCAGAUGAACAUCUCCCUUUUUUUGAUGGAGACUAUCAUGAGAACAAAGGAGUGCCAAUCAAUUCCUCUCCAAACAUCGAUUACAAUGUUCAACAAGAAGUUAUCAUUGGUGUUCCAACUCACUAUCUUAAUGAUGGUUCAGCCUUGUACCUAUUGACACCUGUGUUUUCACCCCCUUCUGUAGAUAGUGUCUAUAGAUGGUUAUCGUGUGGUAAUAAUGAUGCUUUGGGAGAAGUCGAUGGAGUGUCAGCAGAGCCUUUGCCUGUGAAAGGAUCUUCUGAGAUUGGUUCACAAAACUUGUUACCUAUUCAUUGUGAUAAGGUUUUGACUGAACAACAUGCUGUGGCUCAUUUGAUGCCUAUCUUGGAUCAAGCACCACAAGAAUUAAAUACUAAAGUUAAUGCAGAAUCUCACAUUUAUAGUGAUGAGGCUCAAAGAAAAUUGCAGAGUGAAGGAAAUACCAUGAAACUCAAUCCAUGCAAUGAUUGCCCUGUGGAUAUCUCUCAGAUUUCGGGCCCAGAUAGGAGAUCGAGGCCCACUCCUCUUAGUCAAAUUGGUUUUCGGGAUCCUGCCAGUGUUGGUGCUGGGCAACAACUAACAUUGUUAAGUAUAGAGGUUCAAGCAGAAUCUAGAGGAGAUCUCCGACCUGAUCCUCGGUUUGAUGCCAUCAAUAUGGUGGUUCUUGCUUUUCAGAAUGAUAGUGAUUUUGCUGUUGAAGUUCAUGUGCUUUUGCAUAGUAAAAGUGAAUCUUGCCAGAGGAGUUUUGAUGGAACAUCUGGUUGCAAGGUACUUGUUUUCUCUGAGGAGAAGCACUUGUUUAGUCAUUUUAUGGCAAUUAUCAGUUCAUUUGAUCCAGAUAUUUUAAUGGGUUGGGAUGUACAAGGUGGUUCUCUUGGUUUUUUGGCUGAGAGGGCUGCACAUCUUGGUAUAGGCUUGCUUAAUAAAAUCUCUCGGACACCAUUGGAAGCUGACAUAGGUGUUGGAGAAAGAGAAAUUUCAGAAAAGGGAAUACUAGAUACUAUGCUACAAGAAUCAUUAAUUACUGACUCUGCACUUGUAGAAGAUGCAGUAAUUGAGGAUGAAUGGGGACGAACUCAUGCCAGUGGUGUCCAUGUCGGUGGUAGAGUUGUCCUCAAUGUAUGGCGGCUGAUGCAUGGCGAAGUUAAGCUUAACAUGUAUACUGUUGAAGCUGUUGGUGAAGCUGUUUUGAGGCAAAAAAUACCAUCAAUUCCUUACAAAGUGUUGACAAAAUGGUUUGCAAGUGGUCCUGGGCGAGCAAGACAUAGGUGUAUCGAAUAUGUGAUAGAGAGAGCAAAAUUGAACCUCGAGAUAAUGAAUCGACUUGACAUGAUAAAUCGAACAUCAGAACUUGCUCGUGUAUUUGGCAUUGACUUCUUUUCUGUUCUCUCUCGAGGGUCACAGUAUCGUGUUGAAUCUAUGUUUCUGAGAUUGGCACAUACACAAAACUAUCUUGCCAUUUCUCCUGGGAAUCAACAGGUUGCUUCUCAACCUGCAAUGGAGUGUUUACCUCUGGUGAUGGAGCCAGAAUCUGGUUUUUAUGCAGAUCCAGUUGUUGUCUUGGAUUUUCAGUCUCUUUAUCCAUCGAUGAUAAUCGCAUACAACCUUUGCUUUUGUACAUGUCUUGGAAAUGUUGCACCUUCAAAGGCAAAUACACUGGGGGUUAGUUCAUUUUCACCAGAUCCACGUGUUUUGCAGGAUUUGAAAGAUAAAAUACUGCUUACUCCAAAUGGCAUUAUGUAUGUGCCUUCAGAGAUUCGUAAAGGUAUCCUGCCCCGUUUAUUGGAUGAAAUAUUGUCAACUCGAAUAAUGGUGAAACAAGCAAUGAAGAAAUUGGCUCCCUCACAACAAGUUCUUCACAGGAUAUUUAAUGCAAGACAGCUUGCUUUAAAGCUGAUCGCAAAUGUAACCUAUGGCUAUACAGCUGCUGGAUUUAGUGGUCGCAUGCCCUGUGCAGAGCUUGCUGACAGUAUUGUUCAGUGUGGCCGAAGCACACUGGAAAAGGCUAUUUCUUUGGUGAAUGAAAAUGAAAAGUGGAAGGCAAAAGUAAUAUAUGGUGAUACUGAUAGCAUGUUUGUUCUCCUCAAGGGACGCACUGUCAAAGAAUCUUUUCAAAUUGGACGUGAAAUAGCAUCAGCAGUAACUGCAAUUAACCCAGAUCCAGUUAUUCUCAAAUUGGAGAAAGUCUAUCAUCCAUGCUUCCUCCUUACUAAGAAACGCUAUGUUGGUUACAGUUAUGAGAGUCCUGACCAGAUUGAACCUGUCUUUGAUGCUAAAGGUAUAGAGACAGUUCGCAGAGAUACUUGUGGUGCCGUUGCCAAGAUAAUGGAACAGUCACUGAGAAUCUUUUUUGAACAUCAGGACAUCUUUGAGGUGGAAAUUGAUAUGUCUUUUAGCCCCUUUUCUAUCGUUGCUUUAGUUGCCAGUUUCAGGCAUGAUAUGGCCAGUUGUGGAACUGAUUUUCUUCUCUCCAACCCUGAAACAUAUAUUAAUGAGGACAUCCUUGAUGUUAAAACAUAUUUGCAGCGUCAAUGGAAACGGAUUCUAUCUGGAAGAGUGUCUCUUCAAGAUUUUGUUUUUGCAAAGGAAGUUCGGUUGGGUACCUACAGUGCAAGGGCUUCUUCAUCACUCCCACCAGCAGCAAUUGUAGCUACAAAAGCAAUGAGAGCUGAUCCUCGGGCAGAACCGUGCUAUGCAGAGCGAGUGCCUUAUGUUGUGAUCCAUGGAGAGCCAGGCGCUCGACUAGUGGAUAUGGUUGUGGAUCCGUUGGACCUUUUGGCCAUUGAUUCCCCUUUCAGAUUAAAUGAUGUAUAUUACAUCACCAAGCAGAUAAUCCCAGCAUUGCAGCGGGUUUUUGGACUUCUUGGUGCUGACUUAAACCAGUGGUUUUCUGAGAUGCCCCGACCAGCCCGGGAAGUCUUUGCUAAGCGCCCUUCAUAUGCUCCAAAUCCUCAAAGAACCAGAAUAGAUUAUUAUUAUCUUUCAAAACAUUGUGUCCUUUGUGGUGAAUUGGUCCAAGCAUCAGCACAUCUAUGCAAUAAGUGUUCGCAGAGGGAAGCUGCUGCUGCAACAGCUGUGAUUGGAAGGACUUCCAAAUUGGAGAAGGAGAUGCAACACCUUGCUGCUAUAUGUCGACAUUGUGGAGGUGGGGACUGGCUUUUGGAGAGCGGGAUCAAGUGUACUUCACUUGCAUGCUCGGUGUUCUAUUUGAGGCGUAAAGUUCAGAAAGAACUACAGGCUCUCUCUGCUGUUGCUGAAGAUAAGGGUUUCUACCCUAAGUGUAUGCCCAUUUCAAGUUACACACAACACAUCCUCCAGGAUGAGUACAGGGGCCGGGAAGACAAGUGCAACACGCUUUUGACCCCAAGAAGCAAGAAGCUACAGUUUCCAUGGGCUGCUGUGAAGCUAGAGGGGAAUGAUCAUAUUGAUUCUGAUAUUGGAUUAGCCAAAUAUAUUAGUGCAACCACCUUCAUCUAUUCUACUCCCUAG